AGACGGGCGCAUGGCAGGAGCUGCGGACGGGCGCGGGGCCCACCGAGGGCCGCCACGACCACUCUGCUGUCGUACACGACUCGGCCAUGUGGGUGUACGGCGGUAUGACCGACCUCACGGAACGCUCCGACCUCUGGCGACUCGAUCUGGACUCGCUGCUAUGGACGCCGGUGCGGUGGCGUGGUCAGCCCCCCGGGCCGCGGCACGGCCAUGUAGCCUGUCGUCUCCUAGCCUGGAUGGUGCUCUACGGAGGCCAGUCGCGCGGCCAGAGCACCUCAGAAGUCUGGAGACUGCACUUUGCCACGGAGACCUGGGAGCGAGUGCCGACCACCGAACCCCAGCCGGCGCCCCGCUCCCAGUCCGCUGCCGUCGCCGUCAGCGCCCUCCUGCUGCCAGCCGAGCGGCGCCGACUGCAGCGCCCCCUCAGCCGGACGGCGCCCGGCGGAACUACUCAUCCGACCGAGUCCGGCCGGCCGGUGGUGCCUGUGGUUCACGCUGACGUGCUGUAUGCGAAACGGCGCGUGCAAGUGCGGCCGGCGGAAACGGUGGACGAGGCGGGUGAAGAGAGAGUGGGGGAGAACGAGGAGAGAGCGCGGCUAACCCAGUCGGGGUCGGGGCGACCUGGUGCGGGCGGCGCCUGGCCCCGAGUGCACGCCUCUGGCAGUCAGUUGCUCUGGAGGAUAUCCCAGGUGAACCUGGCCGUCCGCCAGCAGCCCGGCUACUCGGCGCUCAGUAACGGCAGCACAGACAGUGUGGAGAUGCAGCCACUGGGCCAGUCGGCCGCCGGAGCGGGACAGGGCGACAUGACCAAGUCGUUCAGCACUUACGCCAUGCCGCCAGUGGACACUACCUCGGACUGUGGAGGAUUUCCCCGAGAUCACGUCUCGUUUCCGGACCUCUUGGGUGACGCGGUGUCCCCGGCAGGACACGGCGAGUCGCGCGUUAUCCGCCACCCGGGACAGUGUCCUCCGAUGCCUACCGGAAACCGUUCUCCGCGGCUGACCACAAGGGGCUGCUCCGGUGUGUCGAGCCGCUCAGGACUGUCAACAAGCUCGGCUGCUCGGCUCAUCUGCACCACACAUGGAGCGGAUGAUGUCACCUCUGACUACUCCAGCAUCGAGCACUGCGACAUCACCGGCUACGAUAACCCCAACUACGUCGGCUAUCGCGCGGCGGCGCGACGAGCGCACGACGAGUUGGAGAUGGCGCCUCUGAGCCGGUCUCGGGACUCUGGAAUCUCUGAGCGUCGCCGCUCCCCGUCCAGCAGCCCUGUGCUGGACGAGUGCGAUCAGACUCUGAUGCCGUACUAUCCGGUGUAUAUGUACACCCUCGGGGGUCAAGAGUCGUCGUCCAUCACCAGGUUCAAACGACCCCUUUCAGUGUGGCGGUUCCAGUUAGCGUAAUAAAACUGUAACAGGGCUGCCGGCCGAGCACUGAGCAGCAAGAGCUUUCGGCAAUGGGCUGCCCAGAAUGCAAAUCAGUGUCGUGUUUUCAUGCGGCGUACCUAGUGACAGGGCCUACGGUUCUGUUUGAUCUCGAACCCGAACUGUUCGUUUGUGCGAGCUGCGUGCGGUAGCAAAGUUUCGUUAAGGUACGAUGUACUGUGUAACGCUCAUUUUGCGCUCCAUUACGUUUUAUGCACUAGUUGCAAGCAGAAUGUCAUGUAACAUGAGUUAUAGCAUAAUCUGAGAUGGCAUUGUUAGGCUGUGUAAAGCCAAACUAGGGAACUGUUCUGCCUCUUAGCGGAGCUCUGCUACGCAUAGUCAUGUGGUGGGCAGUUCUCUAAAAACCCUGUUGGCACUCGUUUAGUGACUGUUUUAGCAAACUGACAGUUAAAGACUGAUGACUAAUCUCGGCACCUGCAGGCAGCAGGAUGUGGUGUUCGAACUCAAUGAACAGAACACAGAGGAAGACAUUUCGUUCAGGCAUGUGUCUGAUGACAUACCUGAUGAUCAUUAGAUAGGUAGUCUGGUACUUGCUUCGAUAAAAAACGUCAAAAUGUGUUUCACCUUACCGAUGACUGAAAAAGUAAGCUGUAGGUAUCUGUUGCGGUCUAACAUUCCUGGUUUUAAACGUGGGUGACACAAGGCUGUCUUAAAGUAGUUUAUUGGUGACGGAAUGCACCUGUUCUGAUAGGACACACCAUUUAACUCGAAUAACCGAAAUAACCGAAAAACAAUGAAAUGCACCCACUAUACUCAGUCUUCCAGUGUAGACACAGCCUACAGAGUUUGAUGUUUUGUCUUCAGUUACCCCCAACGUCAAGUCAUCCUGUACAGCGCUUUCCCGGUUCUCAAGUUGAAAUAAUUAGCCGUUCUCGGUUUCUAUACCACUCAGUGGUCUCAUAGCCAGGUGAUAGUUCUCCUUCUCGAGUGACUUGUUCUCGGUUAUCGCCGAUUCGGAUCGUCCGCUUGCUGUGCAAAGACAGUUGCGUCCAGACAUGUAUAGUGUUGUGCUGGUGUUGUGAUUACCUGCUUUCUCAGACGCUCUCAGUGCCGUGUGGCGCCGGUCGAACUGUAACAUGUGCAAUCAUUGGUGCUGGCUGUCGUUGGGAGCAUCUGCUGAUCAGUUUUCGGUGCAGUGCGUAGGCUUCGUAGGUCGUUCGCGCUCACUGCCAAAUAUACUGGCGCUUAUUGGAGCCCGAUCGCUUUACCAUGGCAUGUUUGUAGAAAAUCCAGUUCACGAGCUCUGA